AUGAGUUCGGCAUGGAUGGUCGCCUGUCAUAAAGAUUUUCUCGAUAUCUACAUCGACGUUGCCUCCUCACAUCCGCGAAAUGAGGACGAAGUUCGAUUUCUUGCCUAUCUGCAAGAAGCUCAGGGACUCAAGACAACCACCCCAUUCUCAGCUCUCCUCUUUUCCUCUAUGUUGGCUCGCUCGAGUCUUCUUGGAAGAUUUUGCGGCCUUCAACGAGAUGAUGAGGGCGUGAACAAAUUGCCUCAGCAAUUUGUCUCCCUCUAUCGAGAAGUUAUUCUAGAUUUUUUUGCUGCACCGUCUACACAAAGAAUAAGCAGUCGAGACAAACUGGGAUUUAAUGGAACCUUCAAAAUCAUUCCUGAUGAGGCAUUGUUUGUCAAUGGCUUAGAAUAA